AUGGCUUCCGCCCGCGUGGUGCCCACCAUUCUCCUGCUCGUCAUGCUCCUUCCACUGUUCGCGACCACUGGUACAACGCUUGUCCACCACGCAGAUCACACUCGACUGAUCAAUAACAUGCAUUAAGAGAGACAAAAUUCGAUUUCCGGUUGAACGAUCUGAUUAUUUUGCCUGAUAUGGGAGCUCCAAUCUCUAGCCCUUUAUUAGUCUCAUCUCAUUUCUGUUGUUGACAAGAUAGCACGGAGAAGAACCGCGAAGCACCACACUUAUUCGUCUACGAUUGCGCCGUGAGAAACUAUUCUAUCAUAUAUUGAGAGACACUAAACAUGGAUCAGUUGGCUAUGAAUUUGGCGAUGUCAUUCUUGUCAGGAUUAUAAGCCCAAUUAUCUGAUCCAUAAUGAUUCACAAUCCAUUUAUAUUAUUUGCAAGAUAGAACUUGGAAGAAUUACUAUGCCUCUACUUUUGACGAUGAACCAUGAGGCACCUUCAUUAGACUAUGCCAUUGUACUAAUCCAUUAUGUGUAUGUAGGUGCUGCUAAGGACGUUGGGCGAACAGUGGAGCCAUCCCAGAUAAGAGACUGUAGCUCGCUGAGCACCAGGUUCACUGGGCGCUGCAGUAGCCAUACGAACUGUUCGAUAAUCUGCAGGACUGAAGGUUUCAUCUUGGGAGAGUGCCGCGGCUUCAUUCGGCGUCGGUGCUACUGCAUUAAGCCAUGCCCAAAGCAAUAG